AAAAGUUGAAAACAAAAACAAACCGGCCGCUGUCAUUCAGCUGUCAUCCGGUUGAGGGGCGUAAUUUGAAAUGAAGGUUGUCGAGAUACAGGAUUCGCUAAAUUGUCGCACGACUGCGUUUUGUUUACGCGUCAAAAGAAAUCUCUCACGUUUGGCUAUGCAUUUUCCUAUCUUGUUGACCAUCCUCGUCUUCUGUGUGAAUGGUAUGCAUGCAACUGGAAUCCUCUAUCCCAGACCAUCGGAAUCACGAGAAACCUUGUCAUUGGACGGCAUUUGGAAGUUUGCGAUCGCCAACAGGUCUGAACAAAAUAAAGGAUUCGAAGAAAAAUGGUAUCAGGCAGCUCUGCAACAUUGUGCUGUAAAAGUGAUUGAUAUGCCAGUACCCUCUAGCUAUAAUGAUGUCACCCAAGACUCGGAUAUUAGGGAUCACAUUGGAUGGGCUUGGUAUCACAGAGAUUUUUUUGUGCCCAGGACUUGGAAGUCACAACGGGUCAACAUCAGGUUUGGUAGUGUCAACUACUUUGCGAUUGUGUGGAUCAAUGGGGUUGAAGUAACCAGUCACUCUGGAGGUUAUUUGCCUUUUGAUGUCGAAGUCACUGACCAUUUGAAGUUUGGACACCCAAACUUCAUUACAGUUGCUGUCAACAAUACUCUUACUCCAUGGACUAUUCCUCAGGGCAAAAUUGUUUAUCAUAAUGACUCCCAGCGAUACCCAGCAGGCUAUUAUGAGCAGCAGUAUAAUUUCGAUUUCUUCAACUAUGCUGGCAUUCACCGUCCCGUCAUUUUGUCUGCAACCCCGAAAACUUAUAUCGACGACAUAACGAUCAACACCACCAGUGUUUCGGAUUCCGAGGGGACCGUGUCCUACUCGGUUGAGCUGGGAGGUUCUAAAAUUGCCGCCUAUUCGGUCAUUGCUGAAGUUUAUGAUUCCCGAGAUCGUCUUGUAGCCCAGUCAAAAGGCCUCACAGGCGAAAUUCGUGUUACUAAUCCAAAUUUGUGGUGGCCCCGAGGAAUGAACGAGUCUGUCGGCUACCUCUACACGCUCAAGAUCCAGUUGUGGAACGACGCCAAAAAUGUCGAGGGUGACGUUUACAGGCUUCCGUUUGGUAUUCGCUUCAUUCAGUGGAAUUCCACUGGCGUCUACCUGAAUGGGAAAAGCGUUUAUUUCAAAGGAUUCGGCCGACACGAAGACGCGAGCUUAAGAGGCCGCGGUUUAGAUUUAGUCACGUUAACGAAGGACUACAAUCUAAUGAGAUGGAUCGAAGCCAAUUCGUUCCGCACUUCACACUAUCCCUACUCUGAGGAACUCAUGGAUUUGGCCGACCAGCAGGGAUUUCUAGUCAUCGACGAAGUUCCAGCUGUCGGGCUCGAUAAUUUCGAUGAUGAUCUGUUGGAAGCCCACAAACAAGCCUUGAAGGAACUGAUCCAGCGCGACAAGAAUCGCCCGGCAGUCGUCAUGUGGUCAAUUGGGAACGAACCGCAAUCGCAAAAACAAGUUUCAGCGCACUACUUUGAUGCCGUUGUCCAAUUAGUCCAUCGGCUAGAUUCGUCAAGGCCUGUGACUUUAGUUUUGAACAAACCAAGCAACCAAGACGUUGCCGCUCAGUUCCUGGACGUUAUUUGCAUCAAUCGUUAUUUCGGUUGGUACUCGGAUACGGGUCAUAGUGAACUCAUCACCUACCAGAUGGUAAAAGAAGUCACAGCUUGGCACGAUAAACACCUGAAACCGGUUUUGGUAACCGAAUAUGGUGCUGGAGCUCUCGCCGGUCUGCACACGGAUCCUCCCGUUGUCUGGACCGAAGACUAUCAAGUGGUCCUGAUGGAGCAGAACUUCAAGGCGUUUGAUCAACUGCGUGAAAUGGGAUUUCUAAUCGGGGAAAUGAUAUGGAAUUUCGCCGAUUUUGCCACGCCACAGGAAUACUUCCGCCCAACCGGAUGCAUGAAAGGAGUUUUCACACGUGACAGACAACCAAAAUUCGCAGCCCAUUUCCUACGUCGUCGCUAUGCGCAGCUGUUCUGCUGAAAACAAAUGACUAAAACGCACUCGGGUUUUCUAUUUAUUCAAUCUGGAUAAUCACCGAAACCCAUCCGCAUUUCCUCCUCCCACCACACACACCCUUCUUUGUCGGAGAAAUAUGAUACCCAACUUAGAUUUUUAAAACAUUUCUUAACUUCAAAGCAGCAACGUUUAUUGUACGGUAAAGGCGCAAGAGUAUUGAAAUACAAAACCGUUUGUUUCUGUC